AUGGAGUUGGGCACCGAUGAGGGCGUGGUUGCCGUCAGCUUCAACGAAAACUCCACCGGCAAGACGUUUGCAGACACCAAGGUGCGGUACACGUGGGAGUUGGCCAUCGACGGCAAAAUGCAUACGAUCGAGUUCACCAACACGAAGACCUCCGGUAAGAAGCGCGUCUUCGUGGAUGGCCGCUUGCUGCAUGAGAUGACGGUUAUACGCUCCCGCAACUUUCAGUACAGCUGGCCCAUCGGUGGUCAUUUGCUAUCCAUCGUGCCGAUCCAAGCGGAAGGGUCUGACAGCAUGCUGGACAAGGUAAUGGACAGAGUUGCAAGUUCGGUCGAUUGCCCCUUUGAAUUGCGCAUCAACGGCUUGCCCUUCCGCUCCUUUCGAAAGCGAUCCGUGGUACCUGUGCACCGACCGACGCGUCCGCUGCCGGUUAGCCAGGGCUAUGUGACCGCGCCCGCAACGGCCAUCAGGCCCGCCACGCGGCCGUCACCGGAGCAACAAGCCGACCGAGAGUAUGAAGAAAUGCGGCGCAGGGUGGAGGAGCUGAGGCGGCAGAAGGAGACGCAUCGACCACAGCUUGGCCACCAGGAUUCCUUCGACCGCCCGGAACGACCGAAACCCCAGCGAGUGGAGGCCUCCCGGCCAGAGCGGGCUCAGAACUUUGGAGGUAACCCUUGGAGUGAAGGACACUUGAGUUCCAAAGGCCCGCGCAGAAGUGGCUCGCAGUUCGAUGUUGAAGGAGAGGAUGUGGGCUUGACAUCCGGUGCUGCUGGAAGGUACAGCAAUCUAGUGGACUCUGCCGGAUCCAGUGAAACCUCGGAUGCUUCCCCGGCACACAAGUCGUCAGGGCCCGCCGCGCGUGCCCUGCCGCCACCGUCGUCAGAGACAUGGCCGGCAUCGGAUUGGCCCGCAGCACCUCCUCAGAACUCCUUCGCAUGGCCAGAAGCAGGAUCCGGGAGUUCCUGGCCACCUUCUACGCCAUCCACGGAUCCGUGGGGCUCACCUAGCAAGGCUAUGCCUUCUCCUCCUGUCCGGCAACAGCGAAAGCCGGUGCCCAGCUAUGCCAUUCCGUGGGAGCCGGUGUCCUCCCCUCCAGCGGAAGCGAUGGCCACAAAGGCUCCCGGGCCUUGUGCGCUGAUGGAUGCUCCACCGGGACAGAGGUCACGAAGCACAUCCGAUGAGAUGCCGCGCGCCGGGGCUCAGGAUGUGCUCGAGCAGCAAGCGAUCUUGGCAAGCAUCCAGUCGAACAGCCCGUCCUCAAGAAGCGUGGGGAACAUGUUGCAGCCCAUCCCACGCGAGAGAAGCAGCUUGCCGCAACGGACUGCUAAAAGUGCUGCGCAACGCAAGGCUUUGCUGCAGUCCCUGGGGCUGUGUCCUGGUGCUUUCCUGAGCAAGCCGGCGCAGGAGGUCUCUGGCUUCACUUGGCCGGGAACGGCCGGUAGCGAGGCACGAUCGACUGCGAGCCAAUGGCCUGCAUCCCCAUCGGAUGCACAGGAGGGACACGAAGGACGCAGCUUGGCCAUACAAUGGCCGGGCUCGCCGAUCGAGGCUCCGGGGCGUUCGCCCCCGGCCACAAGCUCGCCACAGGCCGCCGCACCGCUGCACGAUGAGCCUCAGGUGGGCCAGUGGCCGACUUCACCGGCCGAGGCCUGCAGCCCAUCUACGGGAUCUGUGGCGAAUGGCUUGCAGACCCCAACAUCUCCGGAGCAGGCGUUUCCGGCAUCUGGAGCAGCGAAUAAUCGUCCGUGGGCCAUGGGACUUUCCGAGGUCUCACACGCCGGCGUGGCAAACGGUUCGCCAACUGCAAGCUCACCAAUGCAGGAAGUGACUGCCACACAAGCCGGCGGCCUUGGGCAGUGGCCGGCAUCACCUUUGCAGGGGGCAUCUGCUGCACUGAGUGGCAGCGCUUCUGGACGAUGGCCUGCAUCGCCCUCGGAGGCUUCCGCGCCAGAGACUGGCCUCGGGCAGUGGCCUGCAGAGGUGCCUGCUGUGCCCCGGCCCAGCAGCAGCCCGGCCGGGCAGUGGCCUGAGAAGCCUGCAGAGGUUGCCACUGCGCGUGAACCCAGUGAGAGCCCGUCCGGGCAAUGGCCUGCGCUGCCGGCAGAGGGCGGUGGCAGCCAGUCUGGGCAGUGGCCUGCGACUUCGCCGCAGGCUUUUGCUGUGCCCCGGCCCAGCAGCAGCCCGGCCGGGCAGUGGCCUGAGAAGCCUGCAGAGGUUGCCACUGCGCGUGAACCCAGUGAGAGCCCGUCCGGGCAAUGGCCUGCGCUGCCGGCAGAGGGCGGUGGCAGCCAGUCUGGGCAGUGGCCUGUAAGUUCGCCGCAGGUGCCUGCCCAGUCUGGGCAGUGGCCCGCGACACCCACAGAGGUUGCCGCCGCUGCUGAGCCCAGCUUCAGCAGCCAGGGUUCUCCCGGGCAGUGGCCUGCAGCUGCACAGGUCACGGCACUGCCGGAACAAAGCCAAAGCCCUUCCGGGCAGGCCCUUUCGCCUGCAGAGGUGCCUGCGGAGCCACAGCGCAGUCGCAGCCAGUCUGGGCAGUGGCCCGCGACACCCACAGAGGUUGCCGCCGCUGCUGAGCCCAGCUUCAGCAGCCAGGGUUCUCCCGAGCAGUGGCCUGCAACUGCACAGGUCGCGCCAGUGCCGGAGCAAAGCCAAAGCCCUUCCGGGCAGGCCUUUUCGCCUGCAGAGGCGCCCGCUGAGCCACAGCGCGGUGGCAACCCGUCCGGGCAGUGGCCUGACACACCCGCAGAGGUUCCCAGCUCUCCGGAGCCCAGCGAGCACAGCGAGAGCAUUUCCAGCCAGUGGCCUGCACCUGGACAGGUUACCGCAAAUGGGCCCAGCAAUGCCCUUCAGUGGCCUCCAUCAGUGGAGGCGUCGGAGCGGUGGCCGGAAACUGCAGAGGCUUCCAAGCCCAUCCGGUGGCCCGAUGCCGCUGUGCAGGAGCCAGCUGUUUCAGAAAGCUCUGCUCCAUCGAUGACGAAGGCCCCAGGCGACUCGGCAGAAGUUCCUGUGGCAUCACCCCCGGCACAGGCAGCUGACUCCGCAGAUGUGGGAGCUGCUGUCGCAGCGUGGCCCGAGCCAACGCAGGCGAUGUCUAGUGCUGAUCCGUCAUCUGCCACCAUGGACUGGCCGUCACCUAUGCAGGUGUCAGAUGGUGCCUUCGGCUGGCCUGCAGCGCCUGUAAAGGCAGAGGCAGAGGUCCCUUCGUCCUGGCCGCCAUCAACAGAGGUGUCCGCCCCAUCUGCAGCCAAGGCCAGCGACCUGACUUCCAGCGCCGCCGACACCCAGCAGCCAAAGGUGCCUGUGUCGCUGCCCGUGGGAUCCUUGCCAAAUGCCAAGGCUAAAGAGGAGCCGGAGGAGCUUCCAAGCUGGUGGCCGAAGGGGAGCUGA